UGUCUGUCUGCAGCUCGAUGCCAUCUCUACAACGAGGACUACAAGAAAAUGCCUCCACCCAAACCCAAGAGGAACCCGAACACUCAGCUCAGCACCUCCUUUGACGAGUCUUACAUGGGCAACCUCGGCAACAGGAAGGCUUCGAGUCCGGCAUCGAGAGACGGUGAGGAGCCGGUCUACAUCGAGAUGAUGGGAAACAUUCUUCGUGAGCUGAGCGGUCGGGAGGACGACGAGCAGAGCGAGGCGGUCUAUGAGGAGAUGAAGUACCCGAUGCUGGAGGACUUCCUGCAGGACGCUCACAGUGCCAUCAUGGACUCUGAAGUCUGGGAGACCCGGGGUUGCGACAUCCCUCCCCCAUUCCCCAACCUCCUGACGCAUCGUCCACCGCUGUUGGUCUUCCCCCCCGCCCCCGCUCAGUGCUCCCCAAACUCAGACGAGUCGCCCCUAACCCCUUUGGAUGCCGGCCGGCUGCCCGUCAUGGAUAACGUUUCCUUCAGCAAGUCGGGCGGUGCUGAACAUCCACAGAUCUCCACCCACCAUCGCAAGGACAAAGACAGAGACCGGGACCGGGACCGGGACCGGGACCGAAUCCAGGACCGGGACCUGUCCUCCACCUACACCAUCACCUCCUCCGGACGCUCCUCAGCUCCGCCUCUCCACCCCUACAAGUCUUCUGGCUCCACCCACAGUGGUCAUGGUUACCCGCGCAGCCAAUCAGCAUGUCCGUCCCCGGUUAGCAUGGGGCGCUCUCUGACUCCUCUGAGCCUGAAGAGGCCGCCGCCGUACGACGCUCUUAUUGCGGGAGGAAGUAUUCCUCGCUCUUCCUCUUCCUCAUCCUCCCACCGCGGAGGAGGGGAGGGCGGAGCCAGACUCAGUAACUCCUCCUCCACUCACGGAUCAAUGCAGAACGUGUCGAUGAGGUCAAAGACUCCCACCAGCCCAUUGGACGAACUCAACCAUCUGUUCACCUCAGGAAGACAUGUGACCAAGAAGGGAGGCAGGAAGAGCCGUGGAAGUGAAGGAGACUCCCGGUCUCUGCCGAGGCACGGAACCAGAGACAGAGAUGGGCAGAGCAGUCCGGUUUCAGGCCGGAUGGGGAGGUCGUCUGUCAGUCCGACCAUGAUGCUGUCCGGAGGUUCAGGAGAAUCAAAGUCAGUUUGUAAACUCGGCCGCUCAGCGUCGACUUCAGGAGUUCCUUCAUCUCAACGUCCCCUGCAGGACCCCUCCCACCCGGCCCUCAGACAGAUGCCCUGGUUGUGCGGAGACGCCACCAUGAUGGAGAUGAUCGAGAGGAAGCGAGUUCUGUGUCGGGAGAUUAAAGGCCGUCAGCGCCCGGAGAAGAAUCUUCUGAAACAGGACAGCCUUCCCAUCCUGCCCAGCUGGAGGAGGAAGCCUCCGCCAUACUCCGCCCCCCCCAACACACACACCACCACCGUGUUCUGGGACACCGCCAUCUGAAACACACACACACACACACACACACACACACACACACACACACACACACACACACACACACACACACACACAC